CCUGUCCCCGCGGCUCCCCGCGCAUGCGCUGCUGUCGGGCUGGGCGAGCGGGGAGCGGCGGCCGCCAGGAUUUUUUUCGUAGAUCUGUUUAAGAAUUAAGACUUGGGUUUUGAAGCSUUUGAGCAACUUGCUGCUGCUGAAGUCAUGACCCUCCCAUUUCGAAAGGACUUGGACAAGUACAAAGAUCUCGAUGAGGAUGAAAUUCUUGGCAAACUUUCGGAAGAAGAGCUGAAACAACUGGAAACUGUUUUAGAUGAUCUUGACCCUGAGAAUGCGCUCCUGCCUGCAGGCUUCCGGCAGAAAGACCAGACUGCCAAAAAGGCCUCGGGUCCCUUUGACAGGGAACGGCUCCUGGCGUAUUUAGAGAAGCAGGCUCUGGAGUACCAGGACAGGGAAGACUAUGUGCCUUUUACAAGAGAAAAGAAAGGGAAAAUAUUUAUCCCCAAGCAAAAGCCUGUACAAUCUCUCACAGAAGAAAAAUUCUCUCUUGAUCCAGAGCUGGAGGAAGCCUUGACCAGUGCCACAGACACAGAAUUAGGUGAUCUUGCAGCAAUACUGGGAAUGUCCAACUUGAUAACAAACAAUCAGUUCUGUGAUGUAGUCGGAAGCAGUAAUGGGGUUGACAAAGACAGCUUCUCAAAUAUAGUGAAAGGUGAAAAAAUGUUGCCUGUUUUUGAUGAACCACCAAAUCCCACAAAUGUGGAGGAGACACUGCAAAGGAUUAAAAAUAAUGAUUCUCGUCUUGUUGAAGUUAAUCUAAAUAACAUUAAGAACAUACCAAUUCCAACGCUGAAAGAAUUUGCAAAAGCCUUAGAAACCAACACACAUGUGAAGAAUUUCAGCCUGGCAGCCACCCGAAGCAAUGAUCCUGUUGCUGUUGCUCUUGCAGAUAUGCUGAGAGUAAACACAAAAUUAAAAAGUUUAAACAUAGAAUCAAACUUCAUCACUGGAGUUGGAAUUCUGGCCCUGGUUGAUGCACUGAAAGACAAUGAAACGUUGACAGAGAUCAAAAUUGAUAAUCAGAGGCAGCAGCUGGGUACAGCUGCAGAAGUAGAAAUUGCCAAGAUGCUUGAAGAAAACACCAAGAUCCUCAAAUUUGGAUACCAUUUCACACAACAGGGACCUCGAGCUAGGGCAGCUGCAGCUAUCACAAAAAACAAUGAUUUGGUUCGCAAGAGAAGGGUCGAAGGAGACAUUUAGCAAAGUUGAUGUCAAAACUGUGGAGUCAGCACCAUGGGCUUUGGCAAUCUUGGACUACAUUGAUCUGGGUUAGAAGGGAAAAGACUGGAAACCCCAUUCCUUUUAAAGCAAAGCAAUAUAAUCAUCUGCUGGAAUGCAGCGUGGUGUUUGGAUGGAGACACAGUAACUGCGCCAGUCUCUGCACCAUAGUUUUUACUGGGUUUUUUUAAGAACUUCUUUUGUAUUUCAAGACUUUGGCUGUGCUUUCUACUAAAAAUAUAAUUGCAAAUCAAUGGUAUAAUAUUCUGUAGUCAAAGAAUGGGACAUUUAGGAUCAUUGGGCAGAUAAUGACCCAAUUGAAAAGUUUCUAAGAAAAUCUGGGGUGCGUAUUUACGUGGAGGGAUGUGUAUAUUCCUGAAAACAAUGCAUUAGUGAUAAGGGAUUCUUCACCCAGCAGCUGGACUUGUUGUGUAGAGCUGUUCAGCUUUGUUCAUGUGCACUGAAAUCUUUCACAGCAAUGUUAUUUGUAAUUCUAGUGGUUUAUUUCUUAUUAGUUCUUGAUACUGUGAUCAAGUUCAAAGACAUUCUUUUAAGCCAAAAAAAAGUAAAUUGGCAGAGGACUUCUCCCAAGAGAUUAGAGGGACUAACAGAAAGGUGGAAGCCUUGCAAAAGAAAAAGGACACCAAAUUAAAAGCCUUGCAAAAUGGGAGUUUUUCUGUUACACCUAAUUCCUUAAAGUGUUUUUCAAAGGAUCCCAUUACUGUGUCUUGCUCUGUAUCUAAACUGGAUGCAUUUUAAGACUGAUUUCAUGUGUUCACCAUUAUUUAGUGUAUAUUUUUUGUUUAAAAAUUUUUAUAUACAUUCAUAAGUAUCAAUUUCUCUACAAGUGGACAUUCGUAUUUUAAAUUCUGCAUAACUGUACAGGAGAAGCAGCCUUAACUGUAAGACCACUGAUUUACAUUGCAGUACAUUAAACUAUUUGUAGGUCAUACAAAUCUAACAGUUUUUACUAACGAAGUAACACUUUUCAGAAAGGUUUUUUUCCAUUUUCUGUAUGUCUUCAUGUUGAAAUACUACCUAAGACUUGCAAAAACUAAUCAAUAUGUAGUGUCAAAUCUCUGUGGUGUAGUAAUAUUAAAGUGUUUAAAAUUCUAUAAGCAAACUGAUAAGGCAACAAGAAUCACUUCAGCUUCUGUACCUAAUCACAGUAUACUUCUUUGAAAUAUGAAAAUCAAAAGGCUUUUUGGUGUAGGUCUGUUUGGACUGUCUUGUACUAUUUGCUUUGAGAUCACAAAAAUGUUCUAAAGGACGGCUUGGCUGUAUUUAUAGCAACAGAGAAUUCAACUGACAACUGUUUUCAUCCAAAGAUCAUAAUAUUCUGAGCAUUCAUAUGUAGAAAACAUGUUGGACUGAGAUUCUUGCAUCAGGUUCUACAGACUACAGAAACAGAGCAAGUCUCUGACACUGUGCCCACAUUGUCAUUUGCUGCAAAUCUUGUUUUGGAUCUUUAAAGACAUACUUUAUGGUGGAGGUGGCUUCAAAUUUUGCUGGAACUGUACAGAGAACUUUGAACUAUAGUGCUUUCAGUGACGAUGUGUAUAACUGGUUUAUACUUGUGGAAGACCUUUUUUUUUCCUGUUUCUAAAUCAGUCUUUUGUUAGAGUUACAAAUAAAUAUGUGCACUUUGGAAUUAAUCCAGUUAAAACCAAAGACUACACCUACUGUAAUCCCGCAACAACAGAAGUGUUCUGAUGAGUAACAAAAAGGGCUUUUUUUGGUCUGGGCUUUUGUAAAUUUUCAAGAACUUUUUAAUUUUGAAAUAAACUUUGAAAUCAUUCUAAUAAAAUAUGCAUACAGUCACAAGUUAAAUGUCUUUUUACAGACAGUGCUGUAUAAACAUGGCCAAAGCAUGUCAUGUGCUGAGUUGCCUAAAGCUGUACUUUACUUUUUAUUUGCUAGGCACUAUAAUCAUUUUGUGUCAAAAAACAGGUUGUAAUGUCUUCCUUCAUUUGUUGAAGGGCUGCAUGUUCACAGAAUCUGUUCACGUAUUAGGAUUCUAUGAUGACUUGUUUUAUCACUACCUAACACAAUUAGCAGUUAUCUCCUACAUGAAAAUGAAGGAGAAAAUUGAAAGGCUGGAUUAUGAAAAUUAUAGCCUAAGUUCCUUUCUUACUUUUACUAAAUCAAGUUUGGCUCUUUAUUUAUUUAUAUUCCAAUCAAAGGCAGGGCCUUUUAAGUUGCAGCUCUCAGGUGUCCUGUCACAGAUGAUAGUAUUGGUCGUUAAUCAGUGGUUUAGCUGUGUGGACAGCAGCUGAAAAUUUGACUGCUUGUUGGCUUGCAGGACAGAUACCUGACAGACUGGGCAAGGAAAACUUAGUUUUUUUUCUACAGAAGGCUUUAAUCAUUCAAAUURUUGCAAGACAUUUGGCAUGGUGCAUGGAACAGUUAACAGCUAUCACUCUUGUGCCUGCACUAUGUAUCCUUUUUGGAAUAAAUGAAGACAUUCAGCCUGUAGUSAGGAAUCUUCAAAAUUUUCAACAAGCAAGGUGAACAUUGAUCUAAUGUCAUCAAGGGUGGUGAGAUCCUGUGUAUGACUUCAUUGUGAGUGSAGGAGUGGUAUUACUUCCAUGACCAGUUACCUUAAACACAAGGUCUUUUUGUCCGAAAGGAUACUGUUUUCUUACUGAUUAUUUUUCAAGCUUAAUGCAGAAAUCAAAUGACCACAUAUAUUGAUUCKGUUGGUUCCAAGCUAAGCAUGGAAACAUAACCUGUAUUUCAGAGCAAUWACCUAUUUACUCUUGUAUUUUAAAGAAAUAGCCUAACUCUCUUUACAGCUUGAGUAAUCCUGCGUUUGUAAGCUACAAACGAACAACUCUUCAAUUUAGAUUUCCAUUGGGGAAACAUGUAUUGGGUAUUUUAGCAUAUCAGCACUAUAUGCUGUCAGAUUGUACAACAGUUACUAAGUUUUGGAUAAUUAAAGUACUGUAUUCUUGUUGUGC